GGAGAUGGUUGUCAUGGUGACGGGAGCUUCAAUUCGGGGAAGAGGAGAAUAUGAAAGACUCUUUGCAAACCAAUCUCGCUCCCCAGCCCGUAUCGCUAUCCCUUCAGAAAAAGGGGUUGUGACCGGACGGAAGACAAGCUACCGUGGGGAUAGUUGAGUUUCUUUCAAGGUAUUGCAAUGGCUUCCCAAGAGAGGAUCAGGCCAGCUGUGGCAAAAGGCACUGGAUUUUGGCAUGUUCCCACUGUGAAGGAAUAUAGCCAGGAAACCCAAGAGCUGCUAAAAGUGAUGAUGCAAGAAUCCAAGCUUACUUGCUUCCAGCAGCGCCAUCUUGUAAAUUGCAUGAAACGUGGUGAUGCUUUGCCCAUACACUGUUAUCCAACAUCCAGCAGAGAACCAGAGUUUCCAAAGCCUGUACCACCAAAGGUUUUUCUGACCACCAGCCCCUAUGGUAGACCUCACCUCCGGCCUGCAGAAAUCUGUCGUGCAGGAAAUGCGUAUAUCAGAGAAAAAUUCAAGCCUCAAGCCACCCGAGACCUGGAGAAGGAGAAAGAAAGACUACAGAACAUCUUAGCAACAGGAAAGGACAAAGUAGAGGGAAAAACUCAGAAGAAAUCAGUCAAGGUGGAAGAGAUAGUACCGGAGGUGGACCGGUUUGAUGAAUUGGUGAAUGAAAUUCAAGAUCGACAAAAUUUCCUGUCAGAGAUGGAAGCUUUGGGACAGAGCAAAGUGUAUCAAGGAAUUAUCCACACUGAAAUAUCACAGAAGCUCCGGGAGAUGGAGGUCAUUGACAAGGAGAGAACUGCAGAACUGAAAGGGGCAUUGGCCAAUUCUUUCAAUAUAGGCAUCAAACAUGAGACUCCAAGCGCAGUUCAAGACGAGCAGUAGUUUUUUCCCCAGGAUGUAGCUGCUUCACCCUUACUUUCUGUGCUGACAUAAGAGAAUGUGAAGACAUCUUAUCGGUACAGUUUUGACUCUUUUGUGGCAGGUAACUGUAGAAUAUAUUUAAUGUCCAGGUAUUUGUGUGAAUCCUGAAGAAUAGGAACAAUUUGUUUUUAGUAUUUAAUAGCAGGGGGCCUUUUCAAGAAUGUUAUCCAGAAACAAAAAGGUUCAAUAGAUAGCUGGGAUUAGAAUGAAUAUUAGCAUGCUUGCCUUGACAAGCAAGAGGGAAGGAUUUCCAUAUAUUUCAUCUCUGGAAAACAGCAUGUGUGUUUCUAACAUUUUUGUGCUGCUGUUUUUUAGAAUUAGAACAGUACAACCCUCAGAACAGAUCAAAAAUAUUUAUAUAUGCUUCUGCCAUCCAUAGGGAUGCUACUUCCAGUCAAAACUGCUGUUUCUCACUACUCAUGUAUAAAUCUAUUAAGCAAACAAUGGUGACUGUUGUAGCAGAGUAUGAGAGAGAGAAUCAGAGCAUUUUACAUGGCAGUUAUUUUUGAUGAAUGCUUCUUCAGUAAAAUUACAGACAUAGGGCCAUCUUCAAUAUGACUAAGUAACUAUUAUUGUUUAUUCACAUGUCUGUCACUUGUUGCUAAUAAAGAGACUUUUAAUAUUACAACAGUA